AUGACCAUCUGCCAAUCUGCCUCCUUUUACCCCCCAAAGUCCAUGACCAUCUGUCAAUCUGCCUCCUUUAUACCCCCCAAGUCUAUGACCAUCAUCCAAUCUGCCUCCUUGUACCCCCCAAAGUCCAUGACCAUCUGUCAAUCUGCCUCCUUUAUACCCCCCAAGUCUAUGACCAUCAUCCAAUCUGCCUCCUUGUACCCCCCAAAGUCCAUGACCAUCUGUCAAUCUGCCUCCUUUAUACCCCCCAAGUCUAUGACCAUCAUCCAAUCUGCCUCCUUGUACCCCCCAAAGUCCAUGACCAUCUGUCAAUCUGCCUCCUUUAUACCCCCCAAGUCUAUGACCAUCAUCCAAUCUGCCUCCUUGUACCCCCCAAAGUCCAUGACCAUCUGUCAAUCUGCCUCCUUUAUACCCCCCAAGUCUAUGACCAUCAUCCAAUCUGCCUCCUUGUACCCCCCAAAGUCCAUGACCAUCUGUCAAUCUGCCUCCUUUAUACCCCCCAAGUCUAUGACCAUCAUCCAAUCUGCCUCCUUGUACCCCCCAAAGUCCAUGACCAUCUGUCAAUCUGCCUCCUUUAUACCCCCCAAGUCUAUGACCAUCAUCCAAUCUGCCUCCUUGUACCCCCCAAAGUCCAUGACCAUCUGUCAAUCUGCCUCCUUUAUACCCCCCAAGUCUAUGACCAUCAUCCAAUCUGCCUCCUUGUACCCCCCAAAGUCCAUGACCAUCUGUCAAUCUGCCUCCUUUAUACCCCCCAAGUCUAUGACCAUCAUCCAAUCUGCCUCCUUGUACCCCCCAAAGUCCAUGACCAUCUGUCAAUCUGCCUCCUUUAUACCCCCCAAGUCUAUGACCAUCAUCCAAUCUGCCUCCUUGUACCCCCCAAAGUCCAUGACCAUCUGUCAAUCUGCCUCCUUUAUACCCCCCAAGUCUAUGACCAUCAUCCAAUCUGCCUCCUUGUACCCCCCAAAGUCCAUGACCAUCUGUCAAUCUGCCUCCUUUAUACCCCCCAAGUCUAUGACCAUCAUCCAAUCUGCCUCCUUGUACCCCCCAAAGUCCAUGACCAUCUGUCAAUCUGCCUCCUUUAUACCCCCCAAGUCUAUGACCAUCAUCCAAUCUGCCUCCUUGUACCCCCCAAAGUCCAUGACCAUCUGUCAAUCUGCCUCCUUUAUACCCCCCAAGUCUAUGACCAUCAUCCAAUCUGCCUCCUUGUACCCCCCAAAGUCCAUGACCAUCUGUCAAUCUGCCUCCUUUAUACCCCCCAAGUCUAUGACCAUCAUCCAAUCUGCCUCCUUGUACCCCCCAAAGUCCAUGACCAUCUGUCAAUCUGCCUCCUUUAUACCCCCCAAGUCUAUGACCAUCAUCCAAUCUGCCUCCUUGUACCCCCCAAAGUCCAUGACCAUCUGUCAAUCUGCCUCCUUUAUACCCCCCAAGUCUAUGACCAUCAUCCAAUCUGCCUCCUUGUACCCCCCAAAGUCCAUGACCAUCUGUCAAUCUGCCUCCUUUAUACCCCCCAAGUCUAUGACCAUCAUCCAAUCUGCCUCCUUGUACCCCCCAAAGUCCAUGACCAUCUGUCAAUCUGCCUCCUUUAUACCCCCCAAGUCUAUGACCAUCAUCCAAUCUGCCUCCUUGUACCCCCCAAAGUCCAUGACCAUCUGUCAAUCUGCCUCCUUUAUACCCCCCAAGUCUAUGACCAUCAUCCAAUCUGCCUCCUUGUACCCCCCAAAGUCCAUGACCAUCUGUCAAUCUGCCUCCUUUAUACCCCCCAAGUCUAUGACCAUCAUCCAAUCUGCCUCCUUGUACCCCCCAAAGUCCAUGACCAUCUGUCAAUCUGCCUCCUUUAUACCCCCCAAGUCUAUGACCAUCAUCCAAUCUGCCUCCUUGUACCCCCCAAAGUCCAUGACCAUCUGUCAAUCUGCCUCCUUUAUACCCCCCAAGUCUAUGACCAUCAUCCAAUCUGCCUCCUUGUACCCCCCAAAGUCCAUGACCAUCUGUCAAUCUGCCUCCUUUAUACCCCCCAAGUCUAUGACCAUCAUCCAAUCUGCCUCCUUUCUAUGA